UGAUUCUGCUAGUUUUGAGCUUCAAAGCUUCAUUGUUUGUCUCCUCUCUCUCUCUCUAAUUGAUAUUUAUUUUGUCCAUAAUUCAUGAACGAAAAGCGAUUGGUGGGCAUCUCUCGAUCUUUGAUAUUCAUUCAGAACGAAGCUUCACUUAAGAUAUUUUCAGUGGAACGAAAAGGAUCGGUGUUCUUCUUCACUAUGCUUCAUCCUUCACCCCCAUGUAGCUGCUUCCUGUGAAAAGAUCAAACAGUCUUUGAUCGUAUUUUUAUGCAUUACACUUAACGGGCUGAGGUUGAGUUCUUCAAUAGAAGCAUAUCAGAGCUCAACGUGCCACAUGGGAUUGGGUUUAAUCUCUGUGCGAAAAGAUACCAACUUUGAAGAACAACGAGUUCAUUUAGUAUGGAACCACAAUCGUGUUUGAUUGAACAGUCGUUCAAUGGUCGAUACUCAGUUUGGGUUCGAGAAGCUCUUGAUGAAUUGCCCAAUAACUUCACUAUAACUGACCCCUCUAUAUCUGGGCACCCAAUUGUUUUUGCUUCUUGUGGAUUCUUGAAAAUGUUAGGAUAUUCCAAGGAGGAAGUAAUUGGGAAGAAUGGGAGGAUGUUUCAGGGUCCCAAGACUAAUCGAAGAAUGGUACUAGAAAUUCGAGAAGCAAUUCGAGAGGAGAGGACUAUACAAAUUAAUAUAUUGAAUUACAGAAAAGAUGGGACACCAUUUUGGAUGUUGUUUCAUCUGUGUCCUGUUUUUAGUAAGGAGGAUGGAAAGGUGAUUCAUUUUAUUGGAGUUCAAGUGCCCAUUUUGAGGAAACCGAGGCGGUCUGGAAGUGGGUAUGUGAGAAAUGGGGUAUAUUUGUGUGAAGAUGGGUCAGGAAUGCGGGAGACUGUAGUUGGGUGUUGUAGGAGGGAGGUGUGCUCGGAUUCAGUGGUGGAAUUGGAUCGCAUUUUGGCACUGCAAUCGGUGAUGGAUGCUGAUGAUAAAGAAUUUGAGGUUGACGAGGCUUGUGAGGCAAAUGAUUUGGAGAAGCGAGAAGCUGCUACUGCAAUCAACAAUGUAUUGUCUGUGCUAACACACUAUAGUGAGCUGACGGGCAGAUUGGUCUGUGGAAAGAGAUGUGGCUUGUCUGGGAGGAGUCUUCUUGGAGCAUCCUUAAAUAUUUAUCUUGGUAGAAUCAAACAAAGCUUUGUAUUAACUGAGCCACACUUACCUGAUAUGCCUAUUGUUUAUGCAAGUGACGGCUUCCUAAAGUUAACAGAUAAAGGAGAGCAUUAAAGCUGAGCAAGCAUGCACAGUACGCAUAUUAAAUUAUAGAAAAGACAAGACACCAUUUUGGAAUUUUCUUCACAUCUCACCUGUUCGAAAUGCUUCUGGCA